GCUCUGUUCUUCACAACUUGAAUUUGCCUCCUGUGUUUACAGUAUUUCAACUGUCUAAAUGCCUAGACAAGUUUUCUUCGUAAGCAAUUAGAAGAUUCAGUUUGACAUCGAUGAAAUGGAAGUGUUAGAACUGAAAAAUAUCAAAAUUGUUCCGGAUAUCAUUCACCCGUACACUGAAAAAAUAAAAUCCGAAUCAACGCCACUCGUUAUUGAUAAUGGGGCAUACAAGUGUCGAGUCGGCUGGGCAACAGAAAAAGAGCCGCAGUUGGUAUUUAGAAAUUUGAUAGCCAAACCCCGUAAAGAAAGGGGUAAAAAGGAUGGAGAAAUCCUUGUUGGCAAUGACAUUACCAAUAUUGAAGCAAUGCGAUUUCAAUUGAGAACUCAAUUUGACAAAAAUGUUGUCACUCACUAUGAAGCACAGGAGCUCAUCUUUGACUACACAUUUACUCAUAUGGGUAUUGACACGGAGGGCUGCGUCAAUCAUCCAAUAAUUCUAACUGAAUGUCUUCUUAAUUUAAACUACUGCAGAAAUUUAAUGGCAGAACUAUUGUUCGAAUGCUAUAACGUUCCAUCGGUUGCAUAUGGGGUUGACUUUUUGUUUGCUUAUCAACACAAUAACUGCCCUCCAGAUGGUCUAAUUGUAAGCAUAGGACAUCAAUGCACUCAUAUUGUGCCAAUUUUAGAUGGAAAGGCAGAUAUAGCUAAUUCCAAGCGAAUAAACCUCGGAGGCUUUCAAGUUACUUCAUACAUGCAUAGAUUAUUACAAUUAAAAUAUCCUGUUCAUACAAACGCAAUAACUUUGAGUCGCGCUGAGGAAUUAAUCCACGGUCAUUCCAUGUUUGCUGUAAACUAUCAAGAAGAUCUUCUCAAAUGGGCUGAUCCAAUGUAUUAUGAUAAAAAUGUGUUGCGAGUGCAACUACCUUAUGUAGCACCAGCAGCUACUACAGGGUUAACUGCUGAACAGCAAAAAGAAAGAAAGAAAGAACUGGCCAGAAGACUGAUGGAAAUAAAUGCUAGAAAACGUGAAGAAAGGCUAGCAGAGGAUGAAGAUCAGCUAAAUCAACUCUUAGCUAUUCAAGAUCUUCUAGAAGAAGGUGAACUAGAAGAAUUUGAAGAAGCCUUAAAAGCACACUCAUUGGCUACUGAAGCAGAUCUGGUGAAAGGCAUCAAUCAUCUUCAAGCUAAAAUAGAAAGAACAAAGCAGAAGAUAGUGGCAGCCAAUACACAAGAAGAUAAUCUUAAUUCGGAAGAGCAAAAGCCAAAAAUAAAAGCAAACCUUCAACCUACAGAUCAACAAGAUUUUGAAGAAUGGAUAUCUGGUAUUAGGAAGAGAAGACAAGAUAUAAUCGAUAAACGUGCAGCCAAAAAGCAACGACGCCAAGAUAUGGCAAAACGUAGAACUGCUGCUGCUCAAGAAAGAAUGAGGAUCAUUAGUCACUUGGCCAAAAAGGAUAAAAGAGAGGACGAUUUUGGAAUGCGAGACGAGGAUUGGGAUGUUUACAAAGCUAUCAACAAAGAAGGUGGCGAUUCCGAUUCCGAAUUAGAACAAGAGAGGCUAAUGGAAUUGGAAGAGGUUUUGCGACAUCAUGAUCCAGAAUUUGAGCACAACAGUACGACAAACGUGCCGGUGUUACCUGGCGAAACGCAUCAGUUGCAUGUUGGAGUCGAAAAAAUCAGAGCUCCAGAGGUUCUGUUUCAGCCAUCUACGAUUGGUAUUUUAGAAGCCGGAAUAGCCGAGACAAUUGAUCGCAUCUUAAAGAACUACACAUUAGAUCAGCAAAAUCGACUAGUCAAUAACGUAUUUUUAACCGGUGGACCGACAAAACUACGAGGUUUUAUUGAUAGACUAAAGCGUGAACUUACAGAGAUAAGACCGUUUCAAUCGCAAUUCCAAAUCAACAUUGCCAGAGAUCCCGACUUGGAUGCCUGGUACGGAGCUAGAGAUCUAGGCCUGAACGGCAAUUUACAGACUUAUCUGGUCACUCGAAAGGAUUAUGAAGAAAAAGGAGGCGAGUACUUGAAGUACCAUCCAGCAAGCAAUACAUAUUACAAAUCGCCGGAUCCCGUGCCAACCCCGCAAGUAGCCACAGCCGUCGAGCAGCAGAACAACGAGGAUAACCACGUUGACGUUGAAAUGGUCUGAGGCGGUUCUGAGGAAUCUGUAAAUAAUGUAAAUUGCUCGUGGCUCGCUGUGUACAUAAACGUGAAGGGUUUUGUAAAUAAAAACAACAAUUGGAAUAUUA